UCGGCAUUCCGCGACGCGCGGCGACUGGCGCAGUCGCUGAGAAACGUCACAAAAUAUAAAUAAACCUACGUAAAACCAUCGCUAACAUGGAUUUAUACAAUUAAAUAACCUUAUAGUUAAACAAUCAACCGCUUUAGUAACUAGUGUUGUGCUGUUUGUGAUUGAAAAAAAGUUUUCAAGUGCGUUUUCCAUAAGCGAAACUCCUUGCUGCAACGACCUACUUGGUCUGAAUUGUGACGUCACAGUGUUUAUUUUUUUCUUUUGGGCAUUAUUUUAAGUUUUUAUAAGUUAAUUACAAACGAUUUGUUUUAAUUCCGUUACUUUUAUAAUUUUUACUUUCAAUUUACCUACAAAUCGAUUGCAACCCAUUUGAAGAAAAAAAACGUAAUUUCAGUAACUUAAAAGCUUAAACAUGUGGUGCAAAAAAAGUGUCAAGAAUAAUAAAAAUAUGUAGUGAAAAAAACAUGGCCGGCACUCGUACAGCUAACGCUGAACCGCCCCGCUCAACCGCAUACUACUACGCUGACCUCGAGAAGAUAAAACGUCAAAACGGCGCCCAAGAAAAUCAGGAUACUCAAGCCAAAGAUGAUCAGAACUUAAACGAACUCAGCGAGUACGUAGAAACCAAUGAGGUUAUCAACGAUGUGGCAGCCAAAGAGGUGCCACCGCUCCGUGAUAGAUGGUCACCAGAAUACACGACCCCGGAAAAUGGCGUCAAAGUUGGGGAGACCUACUCAACAGCUGGGACCUUCCCGAUGCCAGAACCAAAAGAGAAAGAGCCGUUGUUGGCUGAGUUAGAGAUCGUUGGUCGGGUUCCUCUAACCCAGCUGGAUACGGCGUCCGGAGUCAGGAGGAGCAGGAGCUGGUACCUGUGUUGUCCCAAUGUUGGCGACGAGGAGAUUUCAAGAGAGUCCUCGUGGAGGUACUCCAGCUUGAGGCCGGUGACAGCGCCUCCUCUUCCAGGGCAAAAUGGCUUUCAUACGGUGGCAACCCAGAGCAGCGGUAGAGUGGACGAUGUGGCAACACUACGAGCGGAAAGGGACUCCCUCGCACGCGCCCUCGCGGCCGAGAAACAGCGCGCUGCGAACGCUGCUCGUGCGCACGACGCCAGACUGGCCGAAUUGCAUGGCGUUAUAGCUGAGCUCGUGAGGCGGAGGGCGGCUGAUAAACGGGCGAAGGCUAUACCGGAGGAAGAGGUGUCGGAUGAAUGCGAGUCCACAACCCAGCCGGCUGGUGAAUUGGAGAACGACGCUGACAUGUCGCAGACUGAACAGAAUGAUAACUCAUCACUCAUCAGUCCAGCUGAGCUGCCAACUCCUCAGGACCCGAAGGUGGAGCCCCUACCCGACGACACUGAUGUCAGUACUACAGAGAAUGUCAGGCUGGAAACUCCUAAGGUGGAAGUGUCACCCCCUCAGGGGUCAGAACAGUGUUCCAGUUUGAUGCUGUCGGAGCGUGAUUCUGAAAUCUGCGUCAGCACAGCAAGGUGUUGCCAGUACGCAAGGGCGGCCCACAGCGCUGGGGGGGCUGGCAGCUGUGAGAGGGAGAGGGGUUCUCCGGGGCUGCUGCCGCCCUCACCGGGUCGGUGCGAGUCCAGGGAAGCUAAGGUAGCGUCGCGGGUUCGACUCCGGCGCACCGAAGACACCGAGUCCAACCAGAUGUCUGAUGAAGAGGUAUGGUGUGUGGAGGCGGCGGAGAGGCUGGCGUUGGACGUGUGCGCUCAGGCCGACCUUCGAGAGGCGCUGGUCUCCGCCUCCAAUGAUGAUUUUAGGCUGCAGUGCGCAUGCGCAGCCCACGAGUCGAGUUCAGUGGCGCUGUGCAGUGCCUUGAGAGCGGCGGACCGGGCGCUGGAGGUGUACGACGUGCUGCUGGCCUUGCAGGAGACUGAGCGACGGGCCGCCACGCCGGAGAGAGAAGCAGCGGAAACGGUCGCUCGUCGCCUGCUGGUGAGACUGGAAGCCGCACCGGUUUGGGGCGAGCCGCUGUUGUCGCCGGGGCCCUGGCAGAACCACAACCAGUGAGUCGCUUAUGACACCACUUGUAUAAUAUAUGACCCGACAUGGCGCAGUUUGUUAGAUUCGAUUCCUGCCUUGAGUCUAGGUGUAAUAUUUG